GAGAUACCCCGUCCGAAACCAUCUCACAAUGGCGUCUCGCUUGGUACGAAGCGCUGUCGGCGCUCCCCUCCUCCGAUCCUCCAUCUCCCGCCGAGCGGCCCCUGCGAUCUCUGCUGCUGCCGUCCGAUACUCCAGCAACGUCCCCGCCGAGGAGCCCAAGAAGAAGGCCCAGAGCAUCAUCGAUGCCCUCCCCGGCAGCAACCUGAUCAGCAAGUCCGCCUUCCUCAGCGGUGCUGCCGGUCUCAGCGUCUACGCUCUCAGCAAUGAGUACUACGUCAUGAACGAGGAGACUGUCGUUGCCGUCUGCUUGCUGGCCGUCUGGACUGGUCUGCUCAAGUACGGCGGCCCUGCCUACAAGGAGUGGGCCGAGGCUCAGAACGAGAAGAUCAAGAACAUCCUCAACAGCGCCCGCGCUGACCACACCGAGGCCGUCAAGACCCGCAUUGAGGACGUCAAGCAGAUGAGCGGCGUUAUUGACAUCACCAAGGCCCUCUUCGAGGUCUCCAAGGAGACUGCCAAGCUUGAGGCUCAGGCUUUCGAGCUCGAGCAGAAGACUGCUCUGGCUGCCGAGGCCAAGACUGUCCUCGACUCCUGGGUCCGCUACGAGGGCCAGGUCAAGCAGCGACAGCAGAAGGAGCUGGCUGCUUCCAUCAUCGCCAAGGUCCAGAAGGAGCUCGAGAACCCCAAGGUCCUGCAGCAGAUCCUGCAGCAGAGCGUCGCCGACGUUGAGAAGAUUGUUUCUUCUGCCAAAUAGAUGACAAAAAAAAAUUACUAGAGUCUAGAUUCAAGGUCCUCGCAAUUUUUUCCUUUUGUCACGAAAUAAACAACCCCUGUGCAUAUAAUAGCACCUGUGCAAUUAGCCAAUCAAUCAAGACACUAGUCGAUAUAUAUAUAUUCGUCUUCAAAAGUUGAUUCUGAUCGAGAUGAUAUGUGCAUGCCGCCCUAGUGAAUAGUCUUGAUAGGGGGGAUUGCGUGUGCAAAAUAUGUUUACUCUUGUAUUUUUAUGAUUAGUGGAUGGAAUUGGCAAUAAAAGAAUUCUUCUUAAAUAUGUACAC